GUCAGAGUACCAUACGAUUCUCCACCUUAGAGUUUCUGUCGGUAUUACUCGCGAUUAAUUUUCUUCUAAUUUUAAAAUCCUCGUAGACAAAUCCAGCUUGCAGCGCUAAUAUUUAUGUCUGCAAAUUGGUUAUUUUCGAGGGGAAGGAUAGAAGGAUUGCAUCCUCUUUGCUCAUGACUACUCCAUUUUUCUUUCUUUUUUUUCGGACUUCUAAUCGACGAACUAAAAUUACAGGUUUCACGAAUUGUGCGUCUUCAAAUUCUGCCUGACGACGGCCAAUUAGUUGAAGUUCUAUCGCUAAUUAGAUCUUUCAAGAUUUUUCUGCUUCAUCAAUGCCGAUGAUGGUCUGAAAGCAUCCAUGACCUCCUUAAUCUCAACAUCCAGAUAAAUACUUCCCCCUUGAACCGAAUUUAACAAUACUCACAACUCCAUGAGUGUUGAAAACGAGGAGGCCGAGCUUCAUUCGGUCUCCUGGAACCAGGACCAUGGCUGCUUUGCAGCUGGAACUAGCCAUGGCUUUCGCAUAUAUAAUUGUGAACCCUUCAAAGAGACCUUCAGGCGUGAUCUGAAAAGCGGGGGAUUUAAGAUAGUUGAGAUGCUCUUCAGGUGCAAUAUACUUGCCCUCGUCGGCAGUAAAGUCAACACCCAAUACCCUCCUAAUAAAGUGAUCAUAUGGGACGAUCACCAAAGUAGGGUUAUUGGUGAGUUCUCCUUCAGAUCCGAGGUUCGUGCAGUUAAGCUCAGGCGUGACUGUGUGGUAGUUGUUCUUGAGCAUAAGAUAUAUGUGUAUAAUUUUAUGGAUCUCAAGCUUUUGUAUCAAAUAGAGACUUUGGGGAAUUCGAGAGGACUUUGUUGUUUGUCGCAGCAUAUGAACACAUCGGUUUUGGCCUGCCCGGGUUUGAGGAGAGGGCAAGUUCGAGUCGAGCAUUUUGGUCUGAACGUUACGAAAUUGAUUAACGCUCAUGAUUCGAGGGUGGCUUGUUUGACCUUGACAAUGGAUGGGCUUCUACUUGCGACUGCCAGCGUUAGGGGGACGCUGAUAAGGAUUUUCAACACGAUGGAUGGUACUCGGUUGCAAGAGGUUCGUAGAGGGACAGAUAAAGCAGAUAUAUACAGUAUUGCUUUAUCUCCAAAUGUUCAGUGGUUAGCUGUGUCCAGCGACAAAGGCACUGUCCACAUAUUUAGUCUCAGAGUGCGGGUGGUUGGUGAGGAUAUGUCAACUGAUUCGAGGGCUGCUAAAAAUCCGGAAUUCUUUACUCAGCAUUCUUCAAACUCUCUUGAUCCUCUAAUUUCUCCGAGUUCCGGUGCUAAUCCUGGAUUGUCGUUUUCAUUCAUGAAAGGGGUUUUACCUAAAUAUUUCAGCUCAGAGUGGUCCUUUGCUCAGUUCCACUUGCCGGAGAACACCCACUUCAUUGCUGCAUUUGGUUCUCAAAACUCUGUUAUUAUUGUGGGCAUGGAUGGAAGUUUCUACAGGUGCAGCUUUGACUCGAUCAAUGGAGGUGCAAUGGUGCAGCAGGAAUAUAUACGCUUUCUGAAAACUGAAAAUCGAUCUCGAUAAGGGCCUGAUAUGACGGUAUUCAGUGAGCUACACAAGCACCCUUAUUUAUCUGUGUAAUUACACCAAGAUCCUUUACAUGUACAUAUAACACAUGUUUAUUUCAUAAUGUAACGUUCGGCUUUGAUGCAAAUAAGUGAAAGGCAAUGCAAACACACACACGUAAACGGUGUAAACUGCACACUAUUUUCGUGUUGUUUGUUGUUACCCAGUGAAUAUUUGUAGAAAAACAAAGAAAGACAGACGGAGGGUUGUAGAGAGUAUAAGUGCUUAAUUAGGGGCCAGAAAUAGUGGAAGGAAAGGUGGAGCUUGUCAAAUGCCUCUUAAAAAGCAGGACGUGCUUAUUUCAUGAGACACGCCUCGUAUGAUAUAAACAAAGGCGAGGCGCAUACGUGUACAUAAAAAGAAAGGUUGUGUAAUUGGUUAUACCUUGUCUCUCUCCCCAGCUAGCCAUUUUUCCUUGAUUACCUAAAGAUUAUGUUUUAAAGCCCAAGUCCUUUCUCAUCACUUAGAAUUGGUAUCCGUUGUGCCAACACGAACGUUUUUUUAGCAAUUUGUCUGUGCUAUUCCAGGGGUCAUACAGACCAUGUUGCUUCAAAACAAACACUAACUUGGGAUUUUUUAUGGACUUUGAACCAACAAAAGGUAUGUGCACGUUGUCAUGAGUUU